AUGCAGGAAAUGGAAGCGAUGUUCCAAAAAGUGACGAGCAAGGCACCAGAGGUAGACCUUGUGCUGGAAGCAACACAACGAACACCAUUCCCCAAAAGGCUGGCGAUGACGCCAGUACGACGACUGGUCAAGCCGAGGUUAAGCUACUACGACGGAACCGCCGACCCGCGAGAUUUUCUGCACACCUUUGGGGUAUCCCUCGGCCCUCUGCAAUUCAGCCCGGAAGAGUACGACGCCAAAAUAUGUCAGAUCUUUGCCGAGCACUUGACAGGCACCGCUCUGAGUUGGUUUUUGCGGCUCCCUUCUUGGUCAAUUGACAGCAUAAAGGACUUAAUAACCGAAUUUCUGAAGCAAUUCUCGGCUUUGAUGGAGAACAAAAACUCUCACGCCGACCUUUAUGCCCUGACACAGGAACGUCAAGAACCGCUUUGGUCUUUCAUAAGACGGUUCAAAGAGAUCGUCGCCAAUGUUUCAAUCCCGGAUGUCGCGGCAAUCGUCACGCUCGGAAAUGCUCUAUGGUAUGAAUCCCGUUUCAAGGAAGAACUAUCCUUGACACAUGUGGAAACAAUAGCCGACGCAUUGCUUCGGGGAGCGAAGCAUAUCGAGCUCAAAGAGGAGAAGGACGUUGACGCAAAGAAGCACACAAAGGCAAAAACCACUGUGAUUAAAGAGCCAACGAUCAUCGCUCCAAAAAUCGAGCACACCGAGCCUCGGCAGCAUUUCACCCGGAAUCAAGAUCGGACCCGCCGGACCUUCUUGAUCGCCGACGACGUACAACAAAAACAACCAUGGAACGUCUACGUCAGAAGAGAAGGAGGAGAAAGCAUCACGACCCAGUACUGCGAUUACCACCAAAGCUCCACUCAUGCGACUGAGGAUUGCCGCUAUCUCCAAAUGAUCUUGAUGGAACGAUAUAAAAAAGGCGCAAUAGUCUUCGAGUCUGACAGAAGUAAGAUGCCCCGGCCCAGGAAGAACAAUCCCAAGCGAGGAGAAACUGCUGCCCGCAAAUUCGAAAGCAAAAAUUCUAAGAUUCUCGACGAUCAAAGUGAGGAUGAACUAGGGGCAUCAGACGACGUCACCCACGAGAAGUGA